UUGACAAUGCGGAAGGAUACCGUGGUGUGCAGACCAAAAAGACUGAAAUUCAGGAAUGAGACGAUCCUAGCGCUUUACACCAUUCUCCAAAUAGCAGCUUAUAUAGAUGGAUUGGGAAAUAUCGAAAGACCAUGUACUCCCUUGAUACCAUGUGGCUCUAUUACAUCUCGCAAUAGUAACGUCAUCGAUUUAAUCCCGAAGAUUUCAAACAGGAUGAUGACAAGCAGAGCUUUUAACAGAAAGAGUGAGGAAAUGUUAAUGUGUUCUUUGCCAGCCUGCCUGAGUAACCCUUGUCUGAAUGGUGAAACCUGUGUGGAAACCAUGGUCGGUUAUCGAUGCGAAUCAUCGGUGUGCUACUCUGAUUGUAAUGCUGCGCUUGACGCUGCUCACCGCGUGGAUGGUGUCUAUCGGAUCUGUUUUAUCACAUCAGACGGUGUUUACAAAGGACCUUACAGUGUAUGGUGCCGCUAUGAUGAAACAUUUCACAUCGGAUGGCUGGUCAUACAGAGGCGUUAUGGCGGGAGCGUUAACUUUGAACGGCCGUGGGAAGACUACAAGCACGGCUUCGGCAAUAUCUCGACGGAGUUCCGGCUCGGCAACGACCUCAUUCACGACCUGACAAGUAGCAGGACCUUCCUUCUCCGCAUAAGCAUGUGGAGUGAGGACGGUUCAUACUAUCACGUGAGAUACCAUCCUUUUCGAGUCGGAGACGAGGGUAGUGGUUACCAACUCCACCUUUGUCGACGUACAUGUGGUACGUGA